AUGUCUUCCGUGGUCUCUACUGCGCUUGGCCUCCUCUAUGUACUCGCGUCCUUAGCCUGCUGCGUCUAUUACACGAGCCUCUUACAGCCCAGCUUUGCCAACGACCUCUGGUGGGCUGGCUACAACGUCUCGGGCUACCAAGCUUUUCUCAUCGAUCUCUGUAACCAGUUUCUCAUGACCAACGCCAACGGCUCGCUCGAUGUGCUCUCUGCCUCGGCCAUCGUGCCCAAGACGUACUCGACCAUCGACGCGUUUACGUCCAUCUACACGCCCUACAUGCACGACGUCCUCCUCGGCGAACUCACGUCCAUCGAGUACGCUGUGCCGCAUCUCCGGACGCUCAGCACCUACUGGUCCAUGCGCAUGAACGUGCAGCACUGCUGGGUUGACUUUAACAAAACGUUCGAGAUGGCCCACACGCUUCUUCGGCAAGAACGCUGUAAGCGCCGCUAUAAAACCAACGCUGCCGUGUACCUCGAAGCUAUCCUGCGCAACCAGCCAUGGGACGCGUUUUUGGCAAUGUGGACCAACAACUUUAACGCGGCAAUCCAGCGUGGGCUUGAAGAAACGACAACAGGUCGCUCGUUUCUGGCACAGAUGGCGACAGCGGCCAACACUACGUCGGUGGCCGACGAGCUCACCUACUGGCGAUCGUACAAUGUCUCUCACUUUGAGCUGCAGUGGCAGAGUCGGUGGCAACCCGGCGUCUCCGAGACCAUUGUUGUCUCGAACGCUAUAGGAAGACAAGAAAAUUUUACGCUCAAAGCGCUCGACCAAGUCACGGGUCCGUGGUCGACCCAAAACAUGUUUUGGAUUCCGCUCAACGACCUUUUUAACGCGAUGCUCAUGAACCGGAGCAUGGUACGGGGCACGAGCCGCUACUUUGGUGCCAACGUUAGCUCAUCCUUGCCCGCCAUCAACUUGGAGACGUAUCGAGGCAUGGCCGACAACCGCGGCAACCUCGUCGACAAGGCGUGGGUCUUCCACACCUUUAUCGGACCAUACCUUAGCAUUGACAUUCGCUACAAGCUGCGGCCAGCACCCCUUGUCACUGCGUACAAUCGAUUUCAAGAUGUCGUCUUCACGCAUCUCGCGACGUCGGCAACACGAUUUGAAUCGUUUAGCAGUCUUCAGGUCGUUGUCUUGGCACCGACGCCGCCUCGGUGGAUCAAUCACACGUACUAUGGCGGUGAUCCGGCGUGCGUGGCAGGUCGCGCCGCGGCGUACGUUCAAAAGCCCUUUGGCUUUUACGACGACUGCUCACAACUGGCUUGGGAGCUGCCGAUUCCAGAUGACCUCUUGUCGAUGCUCGAGUCGUUGCCACCGAUCCUUCACGCCACACAAGCUGGUUUUAUGCAGUUUGCAACAUCCGCAAAUGGCUCGUGGGUGCUCUUGCAGCAGCCGCUGCUGAGCGCUCGGGACGAUCCCUGGACGUUCUAUGGCUGGUGCUUUGCGGCCGACUGGGCCACCGGGCUUCGCCAAGCCGUCUCGUUUGAAGGCGACGUGUCGUCAAUCGUCCUUCUCUCCAACUUGUAUACGAGCCAGCACUACGUCACGAGCAACCAGCCACUCGAGACUGCCACCAAGAUGGUCUACUACAUCGUCAUGAUGACGUCUUUGUACCUUGUGAGCGUCGGCGUCGUCGCGCUCCUCUACACAUGCUACAGUCGGUUUCAAGUCGUCGGUAUCAACCUACUGCGGUUCAACCGGCUCGUCGGCUCGGUUUGGGUCGGUCGGCAGCUCAUGUUCAUCCGCGGCACGAGUGCUAUCUUGCUGCUGAGCGCACCGCAGCUUCAACUGACCUCCUCGCUUGGCUACACGCGCAUGACGUCUUGUCCUCGGUCGUGGUUGGAAGCCGCCGUGAUUGCAGGCGAAGCCACGUGGUUCACGUACAGUCUCCACGACCUUUUCGUGCUCGUUUUCACCGACAUGACGCGUUUAUACGCGCCGCUGAGCGCCGCGCUGGUAUGGGUGUCGCAUGUCGGGCUCGAAGACAUGGAUUUUGGCCUUCUCUGCACCGCAGGACGCAUCUUUGUUGGCAGCAGCGACCGCAUGCUAUUACUACUGGUCCUGCAAGUCGCCUCUGUAGUCCUAUCAGUGGUCAUCACGAGCCUACUCCGGCGAGUCUCGCGCACCAAUUGGUGCGUUCGCGAGACAGAGUCGCUUCUCACUGGCUCGGCGCAUGCUUUUGCAGCACCGAUAACGUCGCUGGCCGAGUGGACGCAAGAGGUCGACACAUACGACUGCGUCACGUGCCUCCUCUGCGGCUUUUUGCCCAUUACGAUUGGUGGCGACCGCUACCUCUUGGACCUUCCGCUGUGGAUUCUAACUGUGGACUCGCUCUCGAUCUCCCGAGUCCGAUCUAUACUGCCGACGAGGCGUCCGCAGCCAAUGGAUGUACUGCCAGUGACGAGUCCGCAGCCAAUGGACGUGCUGGACGCCAAAGCACCUCCGAAAGCGUUCGUGUCGUGGGGCCGUCGCUGGCGCAAGACCCUCGCCGUCCUUGGUCUUGGCUACGUCAUCAUGGCCAUUGCAGGCAGUGUCUCGUACUUUGAGAUCUCCAAAGUCAACUUGGCCAACGAUCUGUAUUGGCCCAACUUUAACGUCACCGGCCACCACGCGUUUUUUGCCACCUGGCUCAACGAGCAGCUCGUGCUUGGCUUGGACAACCACAGUAUCGCACUGGAUGAUCCGAGCAUCAACCUCCUUGGGUCGUUUGCGGCACCGACAGCCUACGUCUCGACCGUCCACAACUAUGGCACUUGGCUCCAGCACAGCGAAUUGAGUUCGAUCGAAGCAUCGAUUGCGGGCCUUCGCGUCUCGGAUGCAUGCAACGCGCCCUGGAUCUUUACACCGUACUGCUACCUCGACUGGAAGAAAACGUGGCACAUGGCGUACUCGCACCAGCGCCAAAUGCGAUGUCAGAAGAUGGAGUCGAACGCUGCCGUGUACCUCGAGUCGGUCCUGCGCAACAUUGACUGGGCGACCUUUGAGUUUUGUUGGGGCAACGCUUUUGAGACAGCCUUUGGCGUUGAUUUGCGGCAAACCAGCCAGGGUGAAGCCUGGUUGCAUUCAGUGGCUGCCGAGCGACUGCCAUUACGAGUCGAAGCAGCCACAUGGCGCGAGUACGGUCUAUCAACCUUUCAAGUACAGUGGCAAAACUACAAGCGCAUCGGCGCCAUUAACAGCUACACGAUUGUCAACGCUUACGGCGUCGCCUACCCCAUGCCAUUGAUGUCCCUUAACGGCAGCUACCGCUGGAGCAGUCAGACAACAUACAAGAUGUACUGGUCGCUUGCCAACGAUCUCUCGGCGAUCGUGUCCAACGCCAGUGGCAUUGGUGGUCUCAGUCUUUUGCGGACAAGUCCUCGGUUUGCCUUUACAAAUACCUCGCUGCAGACCGUCUUGACAAGAAACUUGACGUUACUGUCGCCGCUGCCAAACGGCUUGGCGCUUGUCACUGCCACGCUUGGUCCGUUUGGCGUCUCGGACAUGGUGUAUGUAAGUGUUCCAGCCGUCGUUAGCAGCCUCUUCCGCGACAUUCUUCAAAUGACCCGACGCGCUUUAAGUCUGUCGCUGCAAGCGCAAGCGGCCUACGCCUCCAUCACGCCUCUUCCACAGUCCAGUCCAGUCCCUAAAAAGUGGCUACUGCCGCCUUUGAACCAGUUUGGCGCCUCCAUUUUGUGCCAAGAACUCGCAACGAGUCGGCUCACGUCCGCAGGCUUGACCAGCAUGCUCUCUUUCGACAUGUCGUGCUCCUCAACCGCGCCGAUUCUGGCCAAGAUCGUCCCGACGCGGCAACACUACAUCGUGUCAGCGAUUCUCUCGGGUCUCAGCGCGUCACCACCCAGUGACUACCGCAAUAUGUGCUCGUUUGACCCAUCGAAUAUCGCCCUCUGCCUCGUCUACCUCAACCAAACGACACGCUUCCUUCAGACCUACAUGCCAACAGCCAAUGCGUCAUUUGCGUCCAUCGCUGCGUCAACCAAUGCAUUAGUCCACAGUCUGAACAUUGAGUUGAUGAUCUAUGCCAAAGUCAACGGGUCGGCGCCACUCGCACUGCUCCACACCAACCUCCUCGACCCAAGCGAAGUCGGCUUUGGCUUUUUUGCGUGGACGUACCUCUACGACUGGGUACUCGGCCACCGCGAAGUCAUCUCGUUCCAAGGCGACUCUGGAACGCUCACCGUGCUCACAGACAUCAAGCUGCCGCUACUCCAGCAAGUGCAGCCGUGGCUCCUCACGACCGACAUUGCCGCGUACUUUCAAGCGGCUGUCUCCUUUGUGACGCUCAUGAUUCUCAUUGUCGCCGUGACAACAACGUUCUACAUGAUUCUGUGCCGCGGGCACUUUGUUGGCACCAACAUGCUCAAGCUCGACCGCGUCGGGGGGAUCGUCUGGGUCGGCCGGCCCCUGCUCUUUCUUCGCUCUCUGACUGCUUUAAGUCUUCUCUCGACGGCGCCCCUCGACCUUGCGAGCUCGGGGACCGUCGCGUACUUUACGGUCGUGCCGACCUCGACGACCAAGUUGCUCUUGGCGGCGUGGGAGGUCACGUGGCUCGCCACCAUCGUCGAAGACAUUGCGCUCGUCGCGACGCGUGAGUACGCUCGGUACUAUGUGCAGCUCAACUGCCUCGUGCUCUGGGUCGUCGCGUCGACCUUGUCCAUGACGCAGCCCGUGGUCGUCGAUAGCGCCAUUGAGAAACUGUGCCGACUCGACGAAAUCGACUUUCAGAGUGUGUGCCGUAGCGGAACGAUUUUGAUCGGGCGCGUGGACCGCCUGAUUUUGCUCAGCGCCUUGGUGCUGAGCAGCAACGUGUUUUGCUAUGUGGUGAGCCGGGUCGUGCUUGGGCCGCGCGCCCCGUGCCCCGCGACGUCGGUGCACCUCGCAGCGAGUGCAAAGUACUAUUUUAGCCACGACGCUCGCAUCCGCGAUGGUGUCUACUACCUCGAUCGCGCCUCGGCCGUGCUCAACGGCUUGCUCACGCUGCGCUACAAGCAGACCAUGUAUGCCCUCGACGUCAAGCUCUGGCGCAUCUUUGUCGUACCGAGCCAGCAAGCGCAUGACGAGUGGCACAUGAGCUAUCCACUGCAAAAUGCACUGUAA